AUGAACGAUGAUCCGGGCCCGAGCUCUGCGGCCCGGCACCGGCAGCUCCAGGUCCCGCCACGGUCCGACGACGGGGCCGUCAACGACAACGUCAACAACAACACAGAAGUCGAGGGCCAUGGCGAUGACCGUCCGGCUGAGCAGACCGCGACGCAGCGGCAGGAGAAACGACGGCAGGGUCUGGCCAAGAAGCUCGAGCUGGUCAACCACUUGCAGAAGAGCCUCGACAUGAUGGUGUUUACCUAUGCUUGUGUUUUGUACUACAUGGAAUGCUCAUUCUUCCGCUUCAUCCUCCGUCUCGCACCACACUACACCUUCCUAACCCCGCAAGACACCCCCCCCAACGACGGCCUCCUCCUCCCGACCGACCAGCUCCCCAUCCACACCAUCUUCCUCCCAGGCCUGUUCUGCCUGCUCAUCCACCUCUUCUUCCGCCUGCCCGAAGCCGGCGAGGCCACGCGGGGGUACCUCCACGGGGGGGUCAUCAUCGACUUUAUCGGGCAGAAGCCGCCCACGUCGCGGCUCGCGUUUUUGGCGCUGGAUUUGGUUAUUUUAGGGACGCAGUGCUUAAUGUUGGCGGUGCAUCAGGAGAGGGAGAGUCUUAAGAAGGCGGUGUUGCCCCCGGGGUCGGUGUCGGUGUCGGCGACGGGGUUGACUGGUAGCAAUGAUCAGGGCGCUGCUGCUAGUGUCACGGGGACGACUACGCAAGACCAUGAUGCGGAGGAGAGGGGGGUGUUGAGAGACGAGACGUAUCUGGGGGAUGUUGGGAAUACAGUGGAAUCACAAACACCACUCUCUCGAAGCAACAACGCUUUAGACGAAGAAGAUCUCGACCACGACCACAGCCACGACGAACAAGGCGGCAACACCUACUCCUCAGCGACCGCCAACGCCGGCAUGCUAGAUGUCCUACGCUCGGGCAACGCCGUGCUGGCCAACCUGCAUGUUGUUCAUGCUGUGCGGACGACGGGACAGGGCUCGCAGGGCACGGCGGCGUACUGGCUGCGGUCGAUGGGGUAUGGUGUUACGCUGGUGGCGCUGGCGGCUGGACGGCGGAGUCGGUUGAUUGCGAGGCCGUCGGGGCGGUAG